AUGUCCGAAGCCUACGAGCGCGAGCGGCAGAACAACGCCCGCCUCGACGAGCUGUCGGCCAAGGUGUCGGCCCUGCGCGGUGUCACCAUCGACAUCUACGACAACGCGCGCGCCCAAGACGUCAUCGACUCCACGAACGACACCUUCUCCUCGAUGGGUACGCAGAUCAAGGGCUCGGCCGGCCGGCUCACGAGGAUGGCGGCGUCGGGGAACAAGGUCGCCGUGCUGAAACUGGCUGGCAUCCUCGUCGCCGUCUUCUUGGUGCUGUACUAUGUGUGGAAGUUGAUGUUCUGA